AAAUUGCAUCCGAGCAUCGAUUCAGAUUCUUGAAAUUAGAACGUCCACUCACAGCCGCUAGUGAAAGAGCAGGGUUGAGAAGGGCCUUCACGUUCAACUUGUCAAUUUAGAUGAUUUAAUUACACUGUGGAAAACUCGAUCAGAAUGUAGCUAUACUUCGAUUGCAAAUCUUCAACGCGGUUACAUCAAGAACUGAUAGAUCUCUUGAGCUUAAUUGUAGGUUCGGUGAUAGGUUUCUAAAGUUUCAUAUUUAAGGUUCAGCGCUGCUCGUCAUUUCUCAGUCACCAUGGGUUCUCUGAUGCCCGGAUGGCAGACUCACAGACCUGAUCUUAAGCAAGCUUUGAAGCGGUCCAAAUCCUCGCUGACAAAGGACGACAUCGAUGAUUUUUGGCGGAUUAAACAGCAUUCAAUCAGAAAACAUCUACAGCAGGCCCAAAGGGAUGCAAUGAUAGCGAGAUCAAUCCAAAUCCCAGAAGAUGCGACCUCCGAAAGUGAGCUCACUUAUACUGACAGCCCGACCAGCACUAGUGAUGCAUCGACACCUACAUCAACCGCUCGGACAAUCUCCCCUGAAGAAAAAAUGGACUGGUGGACAAGAAGCCAUUGGGCAUUUCUUAACGAACCUCCGGUGAGCGAGCACAGACAGAAUAGAUACACAGCACAGUAUGACAUUCGAGGUAACAGGAGUCAUCAGGAGCAGGGCGUCGCUCGCCAAUUGAACCGGAGGAGGAGCCUGCCGAUCUUGUGACCAUAUAAUUGAGCACUCUUGAGCACCUCACGUCAUCUCAGAAAAAUGUGGUUUAACUUAAUGGGUUGCACAACGCAAUGGAAUGAUGUCCAGGAGUCCGCCCGACAGGCACAUGCACAGAUUCAUUACUGUAUAUUUCCGUGGUUACUGCUAUCCAUCUGAUUCAAUCCCCGUGCAUAUUUCAAAUCCAUUUACAUCUUCAGAUUACCGCCAGAAGAGAGUCAGUCUCAUAGCUGAUCAUAUACCCAGAUUGCCACGCAAACGCUUUGUUUGUUUGACUUGAGAACCUGUCGCUUUAUGAUUAUCAUCUAUAUCCUGAUAGAUCCAUGACAAAAGAUAGAUCAUCAUAAACUUCAACUGAGCAGCAAGUUCAGAGAAAGAAAUAGUUCAAAUCCAACCUGUGGUAGGCACAGAGACGAAAGGUGGUAUGUAAUAUACUGUAAAACACUUAUACUUUGUAAAAUACUGGGGAGAUCCAACUAUUUUCUAGGUUCGGUCUGAGCAAAUGUUGAUUACCGUAGCUGCUUGCCGAGCCUCACAGCUCUCUCCUGCAGUUUCUAAUUAAUAUUGUAAUAUAAAUUUCUUAGUGAUGAAGUUGAUUGU